AUGGUGAAAUCGUAUUUGCGCUACGCGCUGCAAGACAGCUUCGGCACGGUAACGUCGCGCGUAUGCCGCAAUAUUGCGGCGCUAUCGCAGGAUUUUGUCGUCACAGGCCACGAUGAGCGCGUGAGCGUCUGGAACUGCCGCACCGGCGAGGCUCGCGUCAACUUUGAGGCGAAGCCGGACGACCUCCACGCGCCUUCCGACGUGACAGCCUUCGUCUGCGCCGAUGGCGAAGAGCGUUGGCUGUACGUGGGUUACGCCGACGGCUCCAUUCGGCGUUUCCAGCGCCCGGAGUCGCUGGCUGGAGAAGCGGUGUCAAUGGUUAACGAGGACUUCCAGGUGCAAGGCCACAAAAAUGCCGUCACCUGCCUGGCACUGAGCCCCUUCCGCCAGCUGUUGGCUUCCGGUUCCCAGGACUGCAGCGUUAUCAUCUGGGAUACCACCGGCGACCUGGGUCUGUUCAGGCUGGAGGGCCAUCGCAACGAGAUUACCGACAUUCGUUUCGUCAGUCACACCGGAUCGUCCGAAAGUCAGUUGAAAGCGCGCAAGUUCGGCGCUGAGCGCUUCUCCGCCAAGCAGGGCGACGACAUUCUGGGAUUUCUGCUGAGUGUAUCGAAGGACUGCAUCGUCCGCGUGUGGGACCUAACAUCGCAACUGUGCAUACAGACCGUCAUCCACUCCACCGCGGAGUUGUACAGCAUCGCUGUGAAUUCAAAUGAGUCACGUUUCUACGUGGGAGGUUCUGAGAAUCGCAUCCGCUGCUACAAGUUGGACAUGUCAGGCAAUGAGAAGGAGGAAAACUCCGCCUACGAUAUUCCUGUCUAUGCCAAGGAGCUGCCAUCACUGAACCGACCGGAGAACCAUGGGCGGUGCCGUCGGUUGUGCAUCAUGUACCCCAGCGCAAAGGAUGCCGCCGCCACAUACUCAAGUCGUAAAGGAACUCGUUCUUCUGGCAAGGAGAGUACGAAGGUGCUAGAGAUAGACCAAAAGGGUUUGCUGCUCUGCGUGACCACGACAUUUGUGGUCUUUUAUCGUCUAUACGACUCUGCGGAGGCCGCGAAGCGCCGCAAGCGUCGUCAGAAACGUCACCUCGAGAAGCAGCGUGCACGUUGCAACAAGCUCCGUGAAGCACUGAGGGCCACGGGCCGUGAGGUUACCGUGGAGUUUGAUUCACUUGAGGCUACGAUAUCGCAUCUGGAGAAGCUGUUGAGUGGCACGAACCCGGUAGAGUCGGCGGACUCGUCGGCUUCAAAUCCGGCCAGUAGCAAUACUGAACUCGCUGCCACCGACGAGCUGAAUUACAUGUUUGCGGUCAACGCUUUUGAGCGCAUCUCAUCCUUCGCGUUGUUUCCCAGUGGAUUUGUCAUAGGCUAUGCUAACAACCGUGUUAGCGUCUGGCGCGUGCAGCUGCAGAAGCUGUUGUCUCCGAAGACCGCAGAUGACGAUUCCGACAUGGAGGACAUGGUGUCGAUGUGUGAGCGGGUGCACCUGCUGGAUGCGGUGGGCCACCCGAGUCCCAUUAUGGGAUUGGGGGUGUCGCCCAGCGACACCAUGCUUCUCUCCUUCUCGUCAGAGUCGCUGAAGGUGUGGAACUCGCAUACGUUGCACGCCAUUCGCACGUUCGACUGCAAGUCAGUUGCCUGUGCUUACUUCGUGGCGGGCAACCGCCACAUUCUGGUGGGCACGAGCACGGGUGAGCUGCGGGUGCUGUACCUCGACACUUGCGACGCGCACGAGGUAUACAAGCUGCCUGCUGACGCCACCAAACGGUCGUCGGAUCUGGAUGUUGUCUGCAUGUGCGAGCAUCCCGAUCACGCGUCGUUCGCUGCAGCCUUCCGCGACCGCUGCGUCAAGAUCUUCCAGUACAUGCUGAAGAAGAAGGGGUCCCAGGAGUUGCUAUGUGUCAAGGAGGUGUCGUCAACGUCGUUGGUGGACGACCCUACGGACGUGCGCUACUCUGCCGAUGGCCGCCUGUUGGCCGUUGCACUGCACGACAGCACCAUUCAGACGUUCUACACGGAUACCAUGAAGCCAUUCCUUUCGCUGUACGGUCACAAGCUGCCCGUGACGUCGAUAGACAUAUCUUCGGAUGGCACAUUACUGGCGUCCAGCUCUCUCGACAAGACGAUAAAGAUCUGGGGAUUGGACUUCGGAAACAUCCGUCGUUCGUUGCUGGGCCACUCGAGCGCCGUUGUGAAGUGCCGUUGGAUCAACAACACACACUACCUGGUAACCACAAGCUUGGAUUCGUCGAUAAAGUUGUGGGAUUGCGACACCUAUGAGCAGAUCUGCCAGCUGCGCGGCCACAGCACGGCGGUGCGUUCACUGGCCUUGAGCAGUGACGCGCAUUUUUUCGUCUCUGCAUCGGAUGACAGUACCAUUCGUUUUUGGCGCCGUAGUGACGAGCAAAUCUUCCUCUCCGAAGAGCGUGAGAAGGAGUUGGAACUCCAACUGGAGCACGAGGUGGUUCGUGAUGACCUGAAUCAGGUCAUUCCAGUCGACCGUGACGCGCUGCUGAACAAGGCAACUCGCAAGACGGUGCAGUCUGUGAAGGCCACCGAGGAGCUGAUGCGGAUCAUCGACGAGGCUGAGGAGUACCGUCUCGCUCUGGAAGACCACAAGCUAAGAGUUGAGGAAUACAAGGAGAUGACGUCAGAGUCUGGAGCGCUGGCUAAAUAUGGCAUGCCUGACACAGCACCCCCUAGGGAACCAGAUCCACCGUUGGAACUGUUCAACCGUACACCCACCGAGCACGUGAUGAUGGCGGUAUGCAGUCUGACACACAGCGUGGUUCACGAGGUGCUCAUAGCCCUGCCGUUUAUUUACGCCGAGAAGCUUCUCAACUACAUCGUGUCGAGUUUGGAGUCGUACAGUUCGCUGUGCGGCAGCGGCACUGUGAACCUCCACAGCAUGGAGAUGGCGUCGAAGACAGCGCUGUUGCUGAUUCAGAUAUACUUCCGCCAGUUUUUUGCGUUGCGCCACCAACGACCGUUGAUUGCGCGGUUGGAAAGGCUGCUGCCACCGACACUUCAGCAUGAGCUGGACCGUAUUCGGAGGAACAAGGCGGCGCUGGAGCACCUGAAAGGGCUCCUUGACGCCGAUGUGUUGAGCAAACGGUUACGCGACCUCUAG